AUGAGAGCUCCGUCAGCCUCCUUACUGCGAGGAGCAUUCCGCCUCCUCUCAACCUCUCCCCCUGUUCCGCGCAAGCAAAGCCUUCGCACCUUGCGCGCCUCCUACAACAAAGGUGAGCCAAUCACCGUUCUUACGGCUUACGACUAUCCGUCUGCGCUCCACGCCGAUCUAGCCGGCGUCCAGUGCGUCCUUGUCGGUGAUUCCGUCGGCAUGGUAGUCUUGGGGCACAGAACUACGCAGCCCGUCACCAUCGCGGACAUGAUUCACCACACUCGUGCCGCACGCCGUGGCGUUGCAUCCGCUUUGCUUGUUGCAGACCUCCCCUUUGGUUCCUAUGAGCGUUCUCCGGCCCAGGCAGUAGACACCGCCCUUCAAAUUAUCAAGGAAACUGGUGCAGACGCUGUUAAAUUGGAAGGGGGCGUGUCAAGACAGAAAUCAAUCGCAGCUAUCGCUGACGCCGGCAUAGCUGUCUUCGGUCAUGUCGGCCUCAUGCCACAAGCGGUAUCCAACCUUGGUGGCUUCCGAGCCAUGGGGAGGACCAGCAAAGAGGCUAUCUGCGUUUUGGAUGAUGCACGCGCUGUACAGGACGCGGGUGCGUUUGCGCUCGUCGUCGAAUGCGUUCCGAAUCGCGUCGCUGAUGUCGUUACCAAGGCGUUGGACAUUCCAACCAUUGGCAUUGGCAGUGGCAACGCCUGCAGUGGACAAGUGCUCGUGUAUCACGACAUGCUCGGCAUCUUGAACCAUCCACAUCACGCAAAAGUCGCCCCAAAGUUUUCAAAACAAUUCGCGGGGCUCGCCUCCCAUAUACAUGAGGCCAUACUUCAAUAUUGCAGCGAAGUUAAACAACGUGACUUUCCCGAUAAACUGCACUCCCCGUACAGAAUCCCGGACGAAGAGUUCGAGCAGUUUCUGCACGACGCAGACAAGUCUUUGCUCAAAAACCUCAGAGGCAGGCAAACAAAAGGAGCAGAAACAGAAAGUGGCAAGCAUGGAGGCUCUGAAGCCACGGACGGGAUCUCUCUCUACUAA